AUGGAGUGGCGUUCGACUUCUAUCUACGAUGAUUCCUUUACCCUUUAUUCAAACAAGGAGCAGAUGGCUAGGGUUCUUCGUUGUUUUCAUGUUGUGGCGGAUGAAUUCCCGGAGUAUGUACUCGUUGGGGCUGGUAUGAGUACAUCAUGGAGGCUUUGCGGAAUGAUGCAAGAGUUUUAUGUUGUGUCGAGAGCGUCCGCAAUUCAAGAUUUUGAGCAGCGUCCUGCCGCUGUUGAGCCUUCUCGCUCUGCUUCAAUUGAUCCUGUCAGUGCUGUCAUUGGUUUUGGAUCUUCGAGGAACAAAUAUGUGGAGGAAGAGGUUGUAGAAGAUAUCAAAUAA